AAAACGGAUAUAAAGUGAUUAAUAAAGGGAAAAUUAAGAUAUAAAAUGAUUGAUAGAAUAAUUUGUUGGACAUGGAAGACUCAGAGCCGUAAUAGAGCAAAUAAAGAAGUAAAGAAAGUAAAGGAAAAGAAUAAGUAUUGGAAUUUAUGGAAAAAAAGUCUUUUUGGCGAUAUAAAAAAAGAAUCUAAUAAAAAUAAUGGAAAACCAUGGUUUGACCCUAAAGAAGUGACAGUAGUCUUUGUUCUUGGAAGACCAGGAUCGGGUAAAGGGACACAAUGUGCACAAUUAGUUAGGGACUAUGAUUUUGUACAUUUAUCAGCAGGAGAUUUGUUAAGACAAGAACAAGCACGUCCGGGAUCAGGAUAUGCUAGUAUGAUUCAACAAUCGAUGCAAAAUGGACAAAUUGUUCCAAUGGAUGUAACAAUUUCAUUACUUAAAGAUGAGAUGAUUCAAUCAGUUACAAGAGGGAAAAAAAGGUUUUUGAUCGAUGGGUUUCCAAGGAAAAUCGAUCAAAUGCAGGCAUUUGAAAAAAAUGUAUGUCCAUGUCAAUUUACACUGGACUUUCACUGUUCAGAAUCUAUUUUAAUUGAACGAUUAUUAGCAAGAGGACGACGAGAUGAUAAUAUCGAUACGAUUCAAAAACGAUUUAAAACACAUCAAGAAUUAACAGUUCCAGUUCUUGAAUAUAUGGAAAAACAAGGAAAACUAAUACGGGUUGCAUGUGAAAAUAGCAUUGAAAAUACAUAUCAAGAAACUUUAGAUCAAAUAGGACCUUUCUUAAAAUCAUUGCCAUAAGAAAAUAAUUAAAGAAUAUUUUUAUGAUACAA